AUGCAUGAGGGUCUCAUGGCUACCGGAUUCGUAAAGUGGUGGCGGGCAAGGUUCCUCGCUGGCUAUAGACCCUUUUCUGUGGUUGGUAAUACGGAAGGCAGCGACUCGGAGGAACUUCUUGGCGGUGUCUCAGCACCUCGUAGCGGUUCACCACCGGAAUCUCAGCCAAUUUUGUUGGAAACAGAGGCACCGCAGGUCGCAGUUGACGCUUCCACCAGCCCUACGCCGGCCACCGGAAAUGACGAGCAGCCGAGCGCUAGUACAACGAAGCAACUCAGUUUCGAGGAAUUCGAAUGCGACGUUUCGGUAGCAGAGGGCGACCGGAGGCGGCAAGAAUUCUCGUUCACCCUGUACGACUUCGACGGCCACGGGAAGAUAACAAAGGACGACAUAGCCGGGCUGGUUACUACCAUUUACGAUACCCUGGGCGCUUCUAUCCAGGUACCUCCGUGCGGCAGUAAGACGAUUAAGGUGAAAUUGACUGUGUCGCCGGAUCAGAGGAGCAGCCAGUCGCGAUCGGCCGGCGGCUGUUUAAACGCGUCCUCGCAGCCGGCUGCAAGCUUUUCCGGAAAUUCGUCCUGCUGCCAUUUGAAGCACGCGUCCUGCAACAAUGCCGGGGCCCACACCGGCGCACACGGUUUACGUAGAGUUCCUAGAAGGAGAAGGGUGCCACGACACCGUUGCCAGAACGAACAAAAGGAGGUAGACACCCACAGCGAGGAUGACGGUGAAAACGCGCGAACGAAUCGAAUAAAGCAGGAGGAAUUACGUAGAAGGGUGGGGCCCGUGCCUCAUUUACCAUCACCCUAUUCCAAUAGCUCCGAGGGUGAUAUUAGCGAUGACAGUGAUGUCUCCCCCGCAGUUUCCCCCUUGACGCCUCUCCUCACGACUAAUCAGCGAAAACGCAGUGGUGCCCUACAAAGGCAACAGCUCUUGGAAAUUAUUCAGGCGAACAUGGAAAAGAAUAAUCUCAGUUUUCAUACGUCAAGGAAACGGCAUCAAAACGAGCAACUGCGCAUUCCAUCCCAAACCCCACAUGUCGAGCCUUCGCCUCACUACAAUCAAGACUGUCGCUCACCGUCGGAAUCUCGGCCCACGGCGACGGCCUACCAUAAGCCUACUCGGGAAAAGCCCCAGGGUUUCGCGUCGUUCUCCAAGGUACCUGCAAAGCACAGGGGGAAUCUGAGGAAGACGAGAACGCAGUAUGGACUUCAAAGGAAUAACGCCACGGUACAGCCGCCGCGAGCAUACGUUCAACCUCAAGUUCUGCCAAGAACCGUGAUCAGUCCAAAUGUGUACACAGAUCAACAAACCGCUGCCACGGCUAACACGAAUCGUAAUGGCGGCAAUCUGAUAUCGAACAAUCAGCAUCCUAUCAAUCAGACCCCCCCAACCAGCAAUCAUAAUGUUCAACGUAACGAGACGCAGUUCGGCCAAACGCAGCAGUGCGGUAAAUCGAGCAAGAAGCAUCAGCUGAAGCAUGCGACUAGGGAACAAGAUCAGGCCAGAGCCAUGGUUCAGGUCGUCCGUUGGCUGGAACGGGAAUUCUCGCAAAACGCGGCUGCGAGCACCGGUAGGAAGCACGUUCACGAGCACAUUCAUCAUCAUUAUCAUCAUUAUCACACGGAGGCACUUGUUUGA